UUCACUUUGCGCAGGGUUCGAGCAGAGUGUCAGUUUCCACAUUAAAACAAAAAAAAACGACAAACACCGACUUUUACGCCAUGUUUGAUGGGCUCACGGCGCGGCGGUAUCUUCUCACUGGGUUCGGUCUGCUCGCCUGAGGAAUGGAUUAGAAAACGGACCCGUAAACAACACGGUUUAGCUAACAGUGAAGACGCAACAAUGUGUGAACUCCCGGAGUGAGCUGUCAGCCACCAUCCCUGAACCUCCUGGACAGCUUAUGUGCUUUGCAGAUCUGCCACUAUGGAGCGGACUGCACUCAAACAGAACCAGCUGUGUGGCUCCUGGGAGUUUAAGGAUAAACUUGGGACAGGAGGCUUUGGGAAUGUCUACCUGUAUCAGCACCUUGAGCUGGGGGCCAAGAUUGCUGUGAAACUAUGCCGUCUGGACCUGAACUCCGAGACCAAAUCUCGCUGGAGCAGAGAGAUUCAGAUCAUGAAGAAGCUGAACCAUGUGAAUGUUGUUGAGGCCCGAGAAGUUCCUGAGGAGUUGAACGCCAUCGCAUUGAAUGACUUACCACUUCUGGCUAUGGAGUACUGCUCAAGAGGGGACCUGCGCAAGUUGCUGAAUAAACCAGAAAACUGCUGCGGGUUGAAGGAGAGUGAAGUCCUCUCGCUGCUUAGUGACAUUGGUUCUGGAAUUCAAUAUCUCCAUGAAAAUAAGAUCAUUCACAGGGAUCUAAAGCCAGAGAACAUUGUUCUGCAAGAGGUUGAUGGGAAGCUUGUCCAUAAAAUUAUUGAUCUGGGAUAUGCAAAAGACCUCGAUCAGGGCAGUCUCUGCACGUCUUUUGUUGGAACUCUCCAGUAUUUGGCUCCAGAGCUGUUUGAGAGUAAACCAUACACGGUGACUGUGGACUAUUGGAGCUUCGGAAAUGUGAUCUUUGAAUGCAUCUGUGGCUUUCGGCCUUUCUUACACCACAUGCAGCCGGUACAAUGUACAAGCAAAGUUAGGAACAAAGGUCCCAAAGACAUCAUGGCCAUAGAAGACAUGAACGGAGAGGUCAGAUUUUCUGCACAUCUUCCAUAUCCCAACAACCUCAGCAGGCCCUUGUUGGAGCCUGUGGAGUCUCUCCUGCAGAUGUUGCUACUGUGGGACCCUGCAGAUCGUGGUGGAGGUUUUGACCCUGACACAAACAAACGAUCCUGCUACAUCGCUCUGCAGAAUAUUCUCAACAUGAAGGUCAUUCAUGUGUUGGACAUGACGUCAGCCCAGCUGCACUCGAUGGUUCUGGGCGCCGAGGAGAGCUUGCACUCCCUGCAGCUUCGUCUGGAAACUCAGAGUCAGUCAAACAUCUCCCCGCUGAGUCAAGAGCUGCUACUGGAGACGGGAAUGUCCCUUGACCCACGCAGGCCGCCCGCACAGUGUCUGCCAGAGGGAUUGCGUGGCUGGGACAGCUCCAUAGUUUUUCUUUUUGACAAGAGCCUAAUCAAAUACUCCGGACCUCUGACUGCCAGACCGCUGCCCGACAGCGUCAACUUCAUCGUCAGGGAGACGAAGACCCAGCUGCCACUGACUGCUCUCAGAAAGGUGUGGGGCGAAGCAGUCAGCUACAUCUGUGGGCUGAAAGAAGACUACAUCCGCCUCUACCAGGGACAACGCGCCGCCAUGCUGAGUCUGCUGCGUUACAACACCAACCUAACGCGGUUCAAGAACCUGCUCUUCUCCCAGUCGCAGCAGCUCAAAGCCAAGCUGAGUUUCUUUAAGAUGAGCAUCCAGCAUGACCUCGAGCAGUACACCAAGCAAAGCAACACUGGCAUCUCUUCAGAAAAAAUGCUGAAGACUUGGCAAGAAAAUGAAGAGAAGGCCGAUGAGUUUGCAAAGGUUGCAGAUGUGGGCUAUCUGGAUGAGGAGAUUGUGGCGUUACACUCCGAGAUCGUGGAACUGCAGAGGAGCCCCUUUGCGAGGAGACAAGGGGACGUGAUGGAGCAGCUUGAAAACAAGGCUAUUGAACUCUACAAGCAACUGAAGGCCAAAUGCAAAAGCCCUGACCCUCCACAUGGCUACAGCGACAGCUCCGACAUGGUGAGAGCCAUUCUGCAGACAGUGCAGAACCAGGACAGAGUGCUGAAAGACUUGUACACACACUUGAGCACAAUACUGGUUUGUAAGCAGCGCAUCAUGGAUUUGUUCCCUAAGUUGGAGAUGGCGGUAGAAAACAUAAAAACAGCAGAAGCAGCAGUGAUGCAGAUGCAAAUGAAGAGACAAAAAGAGUUCUGGUACCUCCUCAAAAUUGCAUGUGCCCAGACCAGUUCUCCAUCACAAUCACUGACACAAGAACCCUCUGACAGGGAAACGGUUCAUCAGUUACUGGAUGAAAAUCAGCGUUAUCUGAGUCAACUUACGUCUCUGUUGCAAGACGCCACCCAGGAGACGGAGAACAGUGUCAUGGAUCUGGAUUGGAGCUGGACUCAGUAUGAAGCACUGAAAGCAGAACCUCAACAAUAGAAACUGGCCAAAGACUGUAUUUUAACAAGUGCCUUAUCAAAGUUACACUAUCUGAAAGCUUUGUCAUUCUGUUCUGUUUUACUGUAUUUACAUGUAUUAUGUGAUGCUGUGAGACGGUAACGUGUAAAACGGCCUCUUGUGGUAAGCUAUUCAUGUUUUAACUUAAUAUAAACAUAGUAUUAUUGACUGUUAACGGGUAUUUCCAGCUGUUACAAUAAUGUAUUUAUUUUAUUUCUAAUAUUGAUUAGAGUAAAACAUUGCUGCUGACAACCUGCAAACUAUGCAUGAAGGGAUAUAAAUGAGUUUUUUAAAAUAAAUGGUAC